CAUUACACUGUCAACACUGCUAGAACAUCUGAUCUGAUUCUGAAUUUGCGCGGAUCAUUUUUCUAAGAAAACUGUUUAAAUCGGAGGAAACAGGGAAACAUCGAAAUGGAGUUCCUCUACAACGCUAGUAUGCACUGCGAAGAUGAAGAACGCGUCAAUUUCUACAACAUGGACAAGUUCUUCGUGCCCCACGUGCAGGCGAGGGAGCUGGAGCAGCAGGCGAUCCUGCGGCAGUUCGCGUAUCAGAGGCCGCGGGGAUUUGCCCCUCCCACUUACAGUUAUUACCAGGGAUUCGGUAGCCUUAAUAUGAUGACUAUGGACAUUACCAAAACCGAACCCGGUCUCGUCGGGCUUUCCUCCAACCAACAGCAGCAGCAGCAGUCGCAACAAAGCAACGCCGGGAUGAACAGCGGUGGCCAGAACAACGGGCCCAAUCCGAAUGGCAACGGGAACGUGGUCAAUGUGGUCAACUCCGGCGGUGCCGGUGGCGGCAACAAUGGCAACGGGAAUGUCCAGAGCAUCGCCGCCGCUGCCAACAAUAAUAACAAUAACAACAACAACGGCAGCCAAUUGUGCGCCGGCUGCGGCAAGCACAUCCAGGAUCGCUACCUCCUCCGCGCCCUGGACAUGCUGUGGCACGAGGACUGCCUCAAGUGCGGCUGCUGCGACUGCCGCCUGGGCGAGGUGGGCUCCACGCUCUACACCAAGGGCAACCUGAUGCUCUGCAAGCGGGACUACUUGAGAUUGUUUGGCAACACGGGCUACUGCGCCGCCUGCAGCAAGGUGAUCCCGGCCUUCGAGAUGGUGAUGCGUGCAAGGACCAAUGUCUAUCACUUGGAGUGCUUCGCUUGUCAGCAGUGUAACCACAGAUUCUGCGUGGGCGACCGAUUCUACCUGUGCGAGAACAAGAUACUCUGCGAGUACGACUACGAGGAGCGCCUGGUCUUCGCCUCGAUGGCCAAUCAUCCGAUGCUCAAGCGACACGUCUCCUCCUUGGGCCAGGGCUCACCGACGGGAGCGGCCGGAGCGCAAAAUACCGCUGGUGGAUUGCUGGGCGGCGGACCCGGUGGCGGCAAUGUGAAUGGUGUGGGCAUGGUCAACGGACCGCGCACCCCAGGUGAUCACAAUAACAACAACAAUGGCCCACAGACACCAACCGGCGGUGGCUCACCGUUUGCCGCUGCUGCUGCUGCCGCCGCCGCCGCUGCCCAUAUGAAGAAUCAACUGGGCGCGUCCAGCUAAAAUAAAGCCCUGGGCAUGGGCGCCACUGGGGCUGUUGUGCCGGGGUCUGGAGUCGGCGCUGGAGUUGGAGUUGGAGCGGCGAGUCAGCAAUUCUACUCGGGCUUCGGGCUGCAGCAUCAGCACCAGCAUCAGCAGCAUCACCAACAGCAGCAGCAACAGCAACAGCUCAUGGGAUUGGGCCUAGGAAUGGGCGGCGGUGGAGGAGUUGGAGGAGUAGGAGGAGGAGGAGGAGCAGGAUCCGCCGGUGGACCAGGCGGAGGGGCAGGAGGCGGAGGCGUUGGCAGCAUCGGAAGCGGCUGCAAGCGCUACCAAAGAAAGUUUUACAACCGCAACUGAGGAAAUCGACGGGGGAGAAAACGCUAGCGGAAGGAUGCAGAAAUCCAGAAUCGAUAUUCAAAUCUUCGUUUGCUUUGACUGAGUUCAAGUUUUAUAGUUUUAAAGGCCUAGUUUAGUUAGCCUACAGAAAAGUACUUGCUGAAUUUGCAGACAUUUUUAGAUCCUAACAUUUAAGAGACAAUAUGUUUACUUAGUUGUAUUUGAGAAUAGCCCCCCAUUCGUUUUUAAACUAAUUUUAAUUUCGUUUCCACUACAUACUGUACAUAUUUUCCUUGUAAACUGUUGACGUAUUAGCGGGAUCCAUUUUUUUUUACAUACUCCACCAUAUAGAUAUAUUCGUAUUUAUCUAUGUAUAUGCAUAAAUAAUUUUAUUUUCACGCUCGAAGCGUGCGGUGCCAAAAGAAAUUCAAAGCAGUGCCAAAAAGUUAAAAAAAUAAACGAAGGACUAAACUGAUGAAUGUGGAGUGAAUCACAGGGCGGCUGGAGGAGAAUCGGAUUUGUGGACCUGCGAAAUCGAGAGAGCUAAACAUCCCCACCGAUCAAUGUUCGAUUUUCCAUGUGUCCUUCGAAUCCGGAGGAGCCGCAGGAUCGUAGAGUAGAGUCAGAUGACGAGAGAUAGAUGAGGAGGAGCUAGAGGGCAAUUGGCAAAAGUGAACUUUGAUGUGUAAAUAUUGAGACAUUCUGCACACGACUUAAGCACACAUGAUUUUUGUUCUGAUUCCAUUUUAAGUCUGUUGGAGCAACGUUGUUGAUUAUUAUUUAAGUUUAGUUUAGUGCGAGGCUAAAGAAUGUUCUUUCCACGGCGAACGUUGUAUAGAAGUAGCUGGAGCUGGAUGAUUUCUAGGUGGAUUUUAGAUGAGGUAUGAUGGCCAGAUCCACGAUGGUCCAGCGUUAGAUGUAAAGCGCCUAAGAUAGGUCGAUGUAAAGUUAAGGAUUCGUGUGCGUGAGUGUGUAUUUCUAUAACCAAGCGAACUAGUUACAAUAUGGGUGUAUUUAUUAAUCCUUUUUUUUUUUUGCAAUCUAAUGUAACACUAAUCAAUAUGCGUAAUUAGCGUUCGAAAGGAGCUAGCGAAUAUACUAAGUACGGGAGAAACCAAAGUGUGUGUAUAAGCAUCAGUCUAUCUACGAGCGAUAAACAAUACUACCUAUCUAUCGAAUUACCGAAACUAUGUUAAAUAUCGUAAUAAUCUAAUAAUCGGAAAUAAGUAAGAGCGAUUAUCCAAUAUUUUUUUGUAUUGCAUUGUUAGAGAGCAGGCAUAAAGUUAAAUCAAAAAUAUCUAAAGUGUAAGAUAAACCCGCUUAGACUUAUAUAUACGUGCAUAUACAUUACAAACACAACCCAUAAUCCGAGUUUUGGACAGCAAUCAGUAAUAAUGAAAGCAGCCAGAACGAUUGCAAGUGAAAGAAAUCAAAACUAAAGAGAAAAGAGCGUAAAAAACACUUAAAAAAAACCUAAAACAAAUGCAAAUGCAAAAACAAAAGGAAACAAUAAAUGUAAUUAACAAACAUUUGAAAAAAUUAA